UCCGAGAGCGACAGUCUGACAGUGGGACCUCAGCCUCCAGCUGCCUCCAGCACAGAGCGAAUCGCACAGUCCGGCCGAUCAGUCCAAGACCGCCAUGGCGAAGCAGGCCGUCUCCCUCGUGCUUCUCGCGCUCUGCGCAGCCAGCCUCGCCGCAAGGCUGCCCGGGUCGUGGCCCACCUGCCAGUACAAGGACCCCAACUUCAACAAGUGCCUGUCGUCGAGCAUCGAAAAGGUGGUCUACCUGCUGAAGGACGGCGACAAGCAGCUCGGCCUGAACCCCAUCGGGCCGCUCAAGGUGGACGAGAUGACCCUGGACCUGGGCUCCGGACCCUUCUCCCUCCUGCUCAACGCCAAGGACAUCAGCUUCCAGGGGCUGGAGAAGACGACGUUCAAGGAGGCCUCGGUGGACAUGGACAAGCACGAGAUCAAGCUGAAGGCCUUCACGCCCAACAUGCGGCUGGACUUCAUGUACCAGGCCAGCGGCAAGAUCCUCGUCAUCGCCGUCAAGGGUGACGGCCCCGCGAACAUCGAGCUCGACGCCCCCACCACCGACGUCGUCAUCAAGGGCGAGCCGUUCCAGAAGAAGGGCAAGACCUACUGGAACAUCACCGACUUCAAGAUCGACAUCGCGCCCACCCACAUGAAGAGCCACUUCCACGAGCUGCUCAAGGGCAACGCCGCCGUCAGCGAGCAGGUCAACGGCUUCCUCAACAGCGACUGGAAGCUGUUCUUCCAGCAGAUCAAGGGCCCCGCCGAGGAGGCGUUCGGACAGAUCUUCAAGAGCAUGGCGCAGCGGGUGUUCAGCCGCGUCCCCAUCAACGACAUCUUCCUCGACUAAGUCACCCCCCCACGUCACCUUCGCAUCCUCCUCCAUCGACCACAACGUUCCUACCUCGAGUUUCAUACCAACACGCCAUUCUUUGUAAAUUCGCAAAACCAAUAAAUUGUUGUUCUAUUUAUAGAAAAUUGAAA